AUGUUCAUAAUUUUAAAGCCCUGGAAAUCUCAGUUUAGACGACAUCGAGAACGAGACGCCGGUGUACAGAAGGUGCAAAUUGAAAUGAAUAAAAUUCUCAGAUCUGAUAAGUAUAUCGCAAUCAACUGGAAAUAUAAAAACCGUCAUAAAAUAGUUAAAAAAAUGAAACUAAACCAAGUAAAGAUUGGGGUGUUCAUAGCUCUAUUGGCUACCCUAAUCCAUAUGGUUGGAGCCGAUAGCACUGAUUACACCAAGAUUAAGGACGACAUGAAACUAAAGUCGAGUAAAUCACUUGAGGGGCAGCGCAGUGUUUUGGCCAAAAUAAAUAAAGUCUCUGAGAUACUCACAACGGAGGGAGAGAGAUCUUUGAGCGAUUUCAAAUCUUACGUGGGCAGAUUGAUUCCUUACCUUAGUCAGCCAACAUCUGAGCCUUUUAUAGACAACAUUCAGGAGUAUAUUAACUCCAAAACCGGUGACAGACAGCAGAUCAUUAAAGUUAUCUCUGACAUUAAAAUGUACCAGAAGAGGGCUGAGAAGGAGAUCGCAAAUUCCGAAAAGAGGUACAACAAACUGUUGCAGCACCUGAGCAAAAGCAAUGAAAAUGAUAAGUCCAUUAACCAUGCAAAGUCACAAUAUAAGGGCUUAGCGCUUGCAAAGGAUCGUCUUCUUGAGAUCAACCAAAGAAUAGCAGAGUUUGGGCCUAUAGUCACUGAGAAAAUUGAACACCUAGCCUUGGCCAACAAGAAACUUGAUGUGUAUAAACUGUUCUUAGAAAUGCUUAAGCGGACCAGGGGAAUAGUGGUAGAGUCCAGAAAAGCCUAUGUUGGCUCAUUUUCCACAAAGGACAAGAUCCUUGAUUCCUCUAACAGGAUGGACUCUCUGGUCAAGAGGGCCAAACUAGUUAAAGGAGACUCCAAAAAUAAGAGUAUCUACAAAGCUGAAACUGAAAAAUUGAAUUCAUUGUGGGAUGAGCUUAAUAAGCUUAAGAAUAAUAUCUUGACUAACUCAAAGAGCGCCGCAAAAACUCUCGAGCACAUGAAUUCUACGGUGAUCAAGGGCGAGGGAUAUGAGAAAAGCAUAAUAGACGAGGGCUCAAGUGGUAGCAAAAGCUCAUCGGACAGUGCUAACUCCUCUAAGGGAGUGGACACACUCUCCAGGGCCUUCCUCAGGGCCAAAGAAACUUACAAUAAGUUAACUAAGCUGCAAAAAAGCACAGCCGAAGAUGUGGCCACCAUGGAGAAGUACAAUAAGGAGACUGCCGAGCUUUUGAAAAAGGGGAACAGCCUUGUCGGUGAGAUGGAAGGAAUAAGCAAGAAACGAUCCUCAAUGGCUAAGAAGACCUUAAACCUGUCCACGCCUCAGGAUCUCAGGGAGAUGGUUGGCAUGGAUGAUGUGGCUUCAGACGAUUCCGAUAGCUCGAGUGAAUCUGAAACAGAAGAGUCUGCAAAAGAUGCCAAAAAAACCGAGGAUGCCGAUAAGGAUAGGACUAAAACUCAUGACAGCUUAGAUCGGAAGGCUGACCUCUCUAAAAGAGCUACUAAAAGGAAAACCAGGAAGCAACUUGACGAGAUAAGAAACAAGGCAAUUGGCAGUUAUCUUGAUGAUAUUGCACUUUCGGAUGAGGGCAGCGGAUCUAAAAACUCAGAAGCUAGUGAUAGUGAUAACAGUUAUGACUCAGACGCCAGUACGGAAACUAGUCUUACAGGGAAGAUUACCAAGAGUAAAAAGGAUCCUAAAAGCAGGAAACCCACCAUCAACAGCAGAGGCGCCAGUAGCGACAUAACUUCUGAAAGUAGCGAAAGUAGCUCACCUGUUAACGACAAGAAGAAUGACAAGGGGCUAAUAGACAGGGGAUUUAACUUUUUGAAAAAAUUCGCAGCGGUGCCACAAACUUUCUUUGAAACGGCCGAUUCAUUAUCAGCGGUACCCUCAUCUGAGGACGUGUACUAUGACGCACGUGAAAGCAUUCAAGAUACGGAAGAUAGUGAUACGGGAGUGGAUUCUGAUGUCACGCCCAAAGCACACAUUCCAACUGGCAGAUCUAGGAACCAUAGGACGCCUGGGCCACCGAGUUACAAUCAAACAGGUGAUCCACUGAAACCCAGCCAUGUGAGGGCUGCUUCUGCGGGCUCUCAAGGCAUCAGAUACAGUGCUGGCGAUGCCCCAAUAGACCUACGUCAGGAUGAGGAAGAGGAUUACAAGAGGGCAGUUAAAGAAUCAGUAGUCAUGGACCUGGAAAGGAAGGCGAAAGAGGCCUUUGACUCAAAUCAAAUAUUAAACUUAUCAGAGGCAGGUUCUAAGGGCCAGCAGGACCUGUUUAAACUAGUCAGGCUCUCCUACGAGCUGAAAAAGCAGUUUGAACUUGUCAAGGAUGAAUUCAAGUCAAGCUUCCAGUUCAACCAAAAGGAAAUACUAAAGAACACUCUCAAGGACCUGCUGCACCAGUACCUGUCAGGCGUGUGUUCAGCUGCUCUGGAAAUGACCAGGCCAAGGAACUUUCAAAUGUUCACCUCCAACUCUGGAGGGCUUUUUGCGGCCGGAACCGUACAAGCAAGUGCCGGCGCCAACCCCAAUAGAGCUUAUGCUACGCCUAACUCUCAGCCUGGUAAUCGCCGAGUCUCUGUUAGGACAUCUGGUAUGCAGGGCAACCCAGUAACUGGCCGAAGAGUGGCCACCAAGAGGUCAUAUGGUCAGAUGAGUGGGAGUGAAUCAAAUGGUGAUUAUGGAAGCUUCACUCCGGGACGAGCAAAUGCGCCCAGGGUGGCGGUUGUGACUACGCAGCAGACGGGUCCGCAGCCGCAACAGCCACAGCAAGUAGCACAGGGUGUGCCCAGAGCAGCGCCGAAAUACGUGAGCCAGCAGGUCCAAAUGACACCGAGGCCUGUGCCAGCUCAAAGACGCAAUAUUCGAGCACCUAUGGCGUCGGAAUUUCAGGCAGUGCAGCCGCUAGCGCAAGGACCAUUUACAGUGAAGAUAGAGUGUAAAAAUCAAAAUGACCUAUCAAAUGUAACAGAUAUUGCAAUAAUUGAGGCCUUGAAGGAGAACACAUCUUAG